AUUUGGCACUUCUUUACUGAAGGUCAGUUCUUCUCAGCGCCGCUUCCAUGUUUUCUGCUAGUCAAGCUUUUAAUGCUUCUUUGUGCCGUCAGGCCAUUGUGAGGCUUGUCAUGAGCUAAAAGUAGUUUAAGAAGCCCUUCAUUAACCUGGCCCAGUGUUCCAUGUUAAGAUUAGUUAGAUUGUUAGUUAGAUUGGCUUACUCUGAUUGACUUGCUUCUCUCUGGGGAUAAAGGUUGAAUGAUGUGUCAAAUGAGAUUAGGGAGGCCAGUAUGACAUGAACAUCAAAGAUGAGUGAGUCCUUAGCUCUUCCAUACACUUCGGUAGAAAAAUCUCAAAUAUAUGUAGGGUAAGCAUACAUCUUAAGUUUGCCAAGGAUAGUCUUGAAUUAUGCCGGUUGUCCUGAUUGAUUUAUUAGUGGUUCCUUAUUUCACUGUCACAUGACCCCCCCCCCCCAUUGGACAAAAUAUGUGGUCACUCUCUAUGUAGUAUAAACAUUGAAGCCUCUUCCAUCAAGAGAGACACAAUGCUUGUGCCAUCCAGGUUUAGUGCUCCCCAGUAUGGGUCUUACCCUGUCAGGUGGAGGGAGACUAGACAAAUCAUUCUACUUGUGAAUGGCAGUCUAUUCUGCUUUUCUUGAUUUUCCCCCAACCCUGAUUUGUUUUCCUCUUUCAAAGCAUUGUGCUUUCAAAGCAUUUUUAAAUUUUUUUACUGUAUUGUGCAAUCAGAAGUUAAGAUCACAAAAGAACAAAGCAAAUUAUGAUUAAUGUACAGUAGUAACCAGGCAGACAAGAUCACUGCCUCGUGCACUGCCUCAUCACUAUAAAAUAUGAAUAGAGCCCCCCCCCAGAGUGGUGCAGUGCAGUCCCCUGGUCACUGCAGUGGCCCUUUGGACACAAAUCUUGUCAGUUACAGUUGCCUUGAGAGUGUUACACUUAUUAAGCUUACAAUUCUGCAUUCUAUUGGUACUGGUACCAUCAGAUAGAACAGGUGUGUUGUAAUUUUGAAGUGGCGUGUGGAGGGGGGCCAUGCAUAUCCACCUGCCCGUGGGUACAGCAUCAAGUCAGCGGUAAUAAUGAAAAAUUCAGUCAUUUUGGAAAAUGAACUAGUUGAUAAAUUCAUAUUAGUUCUUAUACAACAUUUGUAGUUAACUAUUUCUAGCUGUGGUUUCUUUUGGAUGUUUUUGCUUUGCCAGAUUUAAACAAGCUACAAACAUUUAUUUAACUUUAGUUAUUUUUAGCUGCAUGAAACUACCAAAUAUUUCAGAAACAAGUCCAUUUUGUCUUUGGUGGUUCUGAGUCCAGGCUGUCUGAGUAAUGGAGAAUUCCCUCCUCACCUAUGCCCACUGCCCAGCGACCCACCCCUUUGUUUACCUUUGAUAAGUAGCUGAACAACAACAACAAAAAGUCCACACACACAAAUACUAGAAUCCCUGUUCCAAAAGCUGUGACUGAUGAUCUCAGCUUAGUUACCCUGUGUAGGGCCCUGCCUCGUUUUCUUUUCCUUUUUUUUUUUUUUCCUCCUGGUUGUGGGCACUUCUUAAGUAUAUCUACCCAUGGCUAGAUUAUUUUCAGAGUUUGAAAUAACAGGAAGUAAUCACCCUUAAAAGUAGUCAAAUGACAUUUCACUAUGCCAUUGUGCAGGUGUGCAUGUUUUCAACAGUGACUAACAAAAGACAAGUCAUUCUCCUGGUGUGUUUUCAUCACUGUGGGGCCAUCUAUUUCAGUAGUUCUGUUUUCAAAAGCAGUGUAUUUAAGACCCUUAGGACUUCUGUUUAGAAGUACUUAGCUCCUAAAACUUGAAUAAAGUGAUCCUGAACUUUCGGGUGAGAAGUUGAAACAUGUUUUCCAUUUUUACACUUUUAGUAGGCUUAAAGUUGCUUCAUACCAUUCAGUAAAAGAAUGAUGAUGGAUUUAUUGCUUCUUUAAGCAAUAUGCACAUGGUAUUCAAAGAAUAAAAGUAACAAUAAGCCAUAUUUUACGUGCUAAGAUUGGCUAGUUCCUAACCUCCUUCAAGUCUUAGAUACUAGGUCAAGGAGACCAACUCUGAACAUCUCUAAUAUUCAAUACCUUCCCCCUACUUCCCUUUCUCCUAGUCAUUCUCAACCUUGAUCUUUGUCUUUUUUUGCUUUGUAGUGAUCAUGUAACAUAAUUUUCUAGUUUAUUAUGUCUUCUCUCUCUAGAUCCUGAGGUGCAGGAAGGCAGAAACUUUUUGUGUAGUGAUAUACAACAAUUGGUCAGAACAGUGAAUGGCAUAUGGUUGGCAUUCAAAAAUAUUGAAAUAGUAGUUUCUGAUAGGACUGAACCACUAGGCAACUUAAAUUAUCCAGAAAGACAUGUUACAAACAGGCCAGUCAAGGAACUUUGGGAAACACUUGGAGCUUACUAGAAAGAUGUCCUGGAGGCAGGAAACAACUUGAAUCCCAGCUCUGCUCCUUGACUAGAGCUAGGAUGUGGGCUAGUCUGUCAUCUGUACAAAUGAAAUUUGCAUUUCCAGGCUGGGCGCAGUGGCUCAUGCUUGUAAUCCCAGCACUUUGGGAGGCUGAGGCAGUCGGAUCACCUGAGGUUAGGAGUUCAAGACCAGACUGGCCAACAUGGUGAAACUCCGUCUCUACUAAAAAUACAAAAUACGCCUGUAGUCCCAGCUAUUUGGGAGUCUGAGGAAGGAGAACCGCUUGAACCUCAGAGGUGGAGGUUGCAGCGAGCCAAGAUUGUGCCACUGCACUCCAGCCUAGGCAACAAAGCGAGAUUCCAUCUCAAAAAAAAAAAUUCUGCAUUUCCUUUUCAAGUAGUUAAGAUAAUUAUAUCAUACAUUGUUGCGAACACAAGUAAAUCCUUUGCAAACCAUUAAAUAGCAUUCUUACAUAUUAAGAUUUAUUUUACUUGAAACUGAAAUUGCAAUAACUGGCCAGGCGAGGGGGCUCACGCCUGUAAUCCCAGCACUUUGGGAUGCCGAGGUGGAUGGAUCACCUGAAGUCAGCAGUUCGAUAUCAGCCUGGCCAACAUGGUGAAAACCCGUCUGUACUAAAAAUACAAAAAUUAGCUGGGCAUGGGGCAUAGUGGUGGGUGCCUGUAAUCCCAGCUACUUGGUAGGCUGAGGCAGGAGAAUCUGUAAUCCCAGCUACUUGGUAGGCUGAGGCAGCAGAAUCGCUUGAACUGGGGAGGCAGAGGUUGCAGUGAGUGGAGAUCGUGCCAUUGCACUCCAGCCUGGGCGACAAGAGCAAAACUCCAUUUCAAAAAAAAAGAAAAAAGAAAAAAAAAGGCAAUAACUUAGGCUAGAUGGCAGAAAUCUUUCUGAUUGUUUCUCUUUUUUGUUUAUCGGUCACAGCAAAUGCAGGAUGUGGCAUGGAUCAAGGAAAACAAAGCAGAAUAGCCCAACUGGAUAGCUCAAAAGACGGCUCUGACACUGAGGGGGUCUCUUCCUUUCUGUUAGACUCUCCUUUAGCACUGAUUUUCUUUCUUUCUUUUUUUUUUUUGAGACAGAGUCUUUAUUGCCCAGGCUGGAGUUCAGUGGUGUGAUCUCAGCUCACUGCAAACUCCAACUCCCAGAUUCAAGUGAUUCUCCUGCCUCAACCUCCCAAGUAGCUAGGAUUACAGACACGCGCCACCACGCCUGGCUAAUUUUUAUAUUUUUAGUAGAGCUGGAGUUUCACCAUGUUGGUCAGGAUGGUCUUGAGCUCCUGGCAUCAAGUGAUCCGCCCGCCUUGGCCUCCCACAGUGCUGGGAUUACAGGCGUGAGCUACCGCGCCCAGCCUCGGACUGAUUUUCUUGGUAGCAGUAGCUGCUGUGUAUCCUCAAAGAUGAUUACUGUGGGCCUCCUUUUCCACAGCAGCAAAUAAAACCUAGAUGUGGGACAGACUACAUCAUUUUUUUUCCAGCCCUCUUAGGCUGGAAUUAAUGUCAUACAUCGUUUUAAGCUUAUUUUGAUAUUUUUGGCAAAAUAAUUACAAAAUGUCCAGAGAAAUAUAACCAACUCCUAUCUAUUAGUUUUUAUAUCACCUGAAACAGAAUGAACAGGGUGAAUUUCUGCCUUCCAAAGAGGGUUAGAUCAGAUAUUCUCUGCAAUCCAGAGAUGCUGGGCAGAAGCAUUUCUCCCCCUGAGUUCAGUCUAGUGUGGAGGAACAGCUAGUUAUGGAAUGGCAAAUUAUAUGUCUUUUUUUCUUUCCUUUCUUUUAGUCAACUUUACAAUCCCCAAACGGCACAUCCCUCAGAGACCCACAGUUCAGAAAUGCCCACAAGUAAGCCAGAAGAGAAUUUAAAGGAGAAAAGCAGGGAAAGAGGACAAACCUGUAUUGGCGAAUUAUUAUAUAUAAAUCAUUGUGCUAGACAUAUUAUCUUUGAAAAUAAACUCUAGGUGAAUAUUUCAAUUUAAUUUGCCUGCAAUAGGAGGGAAGAAGGUUUAGUUUUUCCAAGAUUUGGUAGCUGACUAAUGUUGACCUAUGUAGCAAGAUUCAAAUCCAGAUAAUUGCAAAUCUCAGGCCUCGGUCCUCUCCAUGGUCAAAACCAAUUAGGACAUCUUAAUGAUUCCAUGUGGGGGUGUGCCAGGAGAAAAUAUUGAAGCUAUAGACUGUUUUCAGUUUCUCUUUGUCACGUUCCCCUGUUCUCUGAGUUGCUUCUGCUUGCUGUUUACACACAGGCUAUUUGACACUGCAGGCUUUGUCUGUAUAUUGGUUUUUUUUUUUUUUUUAAGACGGAGUCUCGCUCUGUUGCCCAGGCUGGAGUGCAGUGGCACAAUAUUGGCUCACUGCAACCUCCGCCUCUGGGGUUCAAGUGAUUCUUGUGCCUCAGCCUUCCUAGUAGCUGGAAUUACAGGCACGUGUGUCACCAUACCUGGCUAAUUUUUGUAUUAUUAGAAGAGAUGGUUUUGCCAUAUUGGCCAGGCUGGUUUUUUCGUUUUUUUUUUUUUUAGAUGAAGUCUCACUCUGUCACCCAGGCUGGAGUGCAGUGGCACAAUGUCAGCUCACUGCAACCUCCGCCUCCUGGGGUCAAGCGAUUUUCCUGCCUCAGCCUCCCCAGUAGCCAGGAUUACAGGCGCCUGCCACCAUACCUGGCUAAUUUUUGUAUUUUUAGUAGAGAUGGGAUUUCACCAUGUUGGCCAGGCUGGUCUCGAACUACCAGCCUCAAACUCCGCUCACCUUGGCCUCCUAAAGUGCUGGGAUUACAGGCAUGAGCCACCGCGUCUGACCUCUUUUAAUCUUUUAAUUGUUAUUUUUUGAAGUUGGAUAAUAUUGGUUUCUUACAAUCGGCUUAUGACUGCUCUAAUGUUGGGAGUUUUGUUUGUUUGUUCUUCAAAAACAAAAACCCUGGGUCUUUAUUGCUACAUUCAAUUAAAAUCCCUAUCCAUCCUACUGAACAAAAUCAAGCUCUGCAGUGCUUUCCAACCCUGACUGCACAUGACCAUCAGUGGUGAGCUCCCAAAAACGUCUGAUGGCAGAGCCCCACUUCUGCAUCACUCUUGGGGAGGACACCAGAGGGUUUGGCAUCCAUACUUUUUUUUUUUUUAAUUUCCCCCCCCCACCCCCUCCCUAUGCUAUAGGCUCCUUUUUAUUGAGGUAAAAUUCACAUAAUGUAAAAUUCAUGGCAUCUUUACUUUUUACAAGCCUCUUAAGUGAUAUGUAUAGCCAGGAUUGUGGUCGACUCAACUGGGUGCUCUUUGUUUAACAACACAUUGGGAACAGUUCUGGAAAUAGCCGCUUGUGAUGGUUAAGUUUAUGUGUCAACUUGACUGAGCUAUAGGGAUGCCCAGAUAGGUAGCGAAACAUUGUCCGUGGCUGUUUCUGUAAGGGUGUUUCCAGAAGUGGUUAGCAUUUGAAUCAGUAGACCUAGUAAAGAAGAUCCUCUCCCACCAAUGUAGGCAGGUGUCACUCAAUCCAUUGAGGGCCCCCAUCAAACAAAAUUAGAGGGUAGAGAGUCCCUCUUUCUGUCCACGAGCUGGGACAUCCACAGCUCCUGGUCUCAGACCUUUAAACUUGGAUUGAAUUAUACCACUGACUUUCCUGGUUCUCCUGCUUGCAGACAGAUGGUGAGGUUUCUCAGACUCCAUAAGCCUCCAUGAGCCAAUUUCUAUAAGAAUAAUAAAUCUCUCUCUUUAUUUAUAUGUAGAUAUUUAUAUACAUAUAGUCUUUAUAUGCAUUUAUAUCUAGUCAUGUGCUACAUAUAGGUAUUUCAGUCAAUGACAGCCUGUAUACAUGAUGGUUAUCCCAUAAGAUUAUAACACCAUGUUUUUACUGUACCUCUUCUAUGUUUAGAUAUGUUUAGAUACACAAAUACUUACCAUUGUGUUCCAAUAGCCUGUGCUGUUCACUCCAGUAAUGUGCUGAAUGGGUGUGUAGCCUAGGAGCAAUAGGCUACACCGUAUAGCCUAGGUGUGUAGUAGUUAUAUCAUCUAGGUUUGUGUAAAUACACUCUAUGAUGUUCACACAAUGAUGAAGCCCCCAAUAACACAUUUCUCCGAACAUUUCCCCAUCCUUAAGUGACACAUGGCUAUAUAUAACAUUGGUUCUAUUUCUCUGGAGAAUCUUCACUAAUACAGAACUCCUCUUCUGAAUUUGCCUUAUUUUACUUUUAAAUAAAAUAAGUAGUCUGGGCGCGGUGGCUCACGCUUGUAAUCCCAGCACUUUGGGAGGCCGAAGUGGGUGGAUCAUGAAGUCAGGAGUUCAAGACCAGCCUGGCCAAGAUGGUGAAACCCCAUUUCUACUAAAAAUACAAAAAUUAGCCAGGCGUGGUGGUGGGUGCCUGUAAUCCCAGCUACUCGGGAGGCUGAGGCAGAGAAUUGCUUGAACUUAGGAGGUGGAGGUUGCAGUGAGCUGAGAUCACGCCACUGCACUCCUGCCUGGGUGACAGAGUGAGACUCCGUCUCAAAAAAAAAAAAAAAGAAGAAUAUAAUUCUUGCCAGAUCCAUAUUUCCUUCUCCGUCAAUGUUUGUUUUGCAGUGCUGCAGAAAUUAAGAUAAUCUUAAUUGAUAGAUUAGAUUUCUUUUUUUUGUUGUUGUUUUAAGAUGGAGUCUCACUCUGUCACCCAGGCUGGAGUGCAGUGGCACAAUGUCGGUUAGCUGCAACCUCCACCUCCCAGGUUCAAGAGAUUUUCCUGCCUCAGUCUCCCGAGUAGCUGGGAUUACAGGUGCCUGCCACCAUGACUGACUUUUUGUAUUUUUAAUACAGACAAGGUUUCUCCAUGUUGACCAGGCUGGUCUUGAAAUCCUGACCUCAGGUGAUCUGCCCACUUUGGCCUCCCAAAGUGCUGGGAUUACAGGCAUGAGCCACUGCACCCAGCCAGAUUUCAUUAUAUAUUAGUCUAUUCUCAUGCUGCUAUGAAGAAUUACCCAAGACUGGGUAAUUUAUAAAGAAAAGGGGUUUGAUUGGCUCAUAGUUCUGCAUGGCUGGGGAGGCCUCAGGAAACUUACAAUCAUAACAGAAGGUGUAUUCUUCACAGAGCAGCAGGAAACAGAAUGAGUGCCAGCAGGGAAAAUGCCAGACACUUAUAAAACCAUCGGAUCUCAUGAGAACUCACUCACUAUCACAAGAACAGCAUGGGAGAAACCACCCCCAUGAUUCAAUUACCUCCCACUGGGUCCCUCCCAUGACAUAUGGGGAUUACUGGAUUACAAUUCAAGAUGAGAUUUGGAUGGGGACAGAAAGCCAAACCAUAUCAUUCCCCUCCUGUCCACUCCCAAAUCUCAUGUUCUCACAUUUCAAAAUACAGUCAUGCCCUCCCAACAGUCCCCCAAAAUCUUAACUCAUUCCAGCAUUAACCCAAAAGUCCAAGUCCAAAGUCUCAUCUGAGACAAGGCAAGUCUCUUCUGCCUAUAAGCCUGUAAAAUCAAAAGCAACUUAGUUACUUCAUAGAUACAAUGAGGGUACAGGCAUUGGGUAAAUACGCCCAUUCCAAAUGGGAUAAAUUGGCCAAAAUGAAUGUGCUACAGGCCCCAGGCAAGUCCAAAAUCCAGCAGGGCAGUCAUUAAAUCUUAAAGUUACAAAAUGUUUUCCUUUGACUCCAUGUCUCACAUCCAGUUCAGCCUGAUGCAAGAGGUGGGCUCCCAUGGCCUUGGGAAUCUCUGCCCCUGUGGCUUUGCAGGGUACAGCCCCACUCCUGGCUGUGCUUAGUGCCUGCAGCUUUCCCAAGCACAUGUUGCAAACUGUCAGUGGAUCACCAUUCUGGGGUUUGGAGAAUGGUGGCCCUCUUCUCACAGCUCUACUAGGCAGUGCUCCAGUGGAGACUCUGUGUGGGGGCUUCAACCCACAUUUCCCUUCCACACUGCCCUAGCAGAGGUUAUUCAUGAGGCCUCCACACCUGCAGCAAACUUCUGCCUGGACAUUCAGGCAUUUCCAUACAUCCUCUGAAAUUUAGGUGGAGGUUCCAAAACCUCAAUUCUUGACUUCUAUGCGCCCACAGGCUCAAGACCACAUAGAAGCCAACAAGGCUUGGGGCUUGCAGCCUCGGAAGCAAUGGUCUGAACUUUACCUUGGCCCCUUUUAGCCACAGCUGGAGUUUAAGCAGCUGGGAUUCAGGGCACAAUGUCCCAAGGGUGCACAGAGCAGGGGGGGCCCUAGACCCAGCUCAUGAAACCAUUUUUCCCUCCUAGGCCUCCAGGCCUGUGAUGGGAGUGGCUGCUGUGAAGGUAUCUGACAUGCCCUGAAGACAUUUUCCCCAUUGUCUUGGUGAUUAACAUUUGUCUCCUAGUUACUUAUGCAAAUUUCUGCAGCUGGCUUGAAUUUCUCUCCAGAAAAUGGGUUUUUCUUUUUUAUUGCAUGUUCAGGCUGCAAAUUUUCCAAACUUUUAUACUCUACUUCCUUUUGAACAGUUUGCUGCUUAGAAAUUUCUUCUGCUAGAUACCCUAAAUCAUGUCUCUCAAGUUCAGAGUUCCAUAGAUCUCUACAGAAGGGACAAAACACCACCAAUCUCUUUACUAAAGCAUAGCAAGAGUCACCUUUGCUCCAGUUCCCAACAAGUUCCUCAUCUCCAUCUGAGGCCACCUCAGCCUGGACUUCAUUGUCCAUAUCACUAUCAGCAUUUUGGUCAAAACCAUUCAACAAGUCUCUCAGAAGUUCCAAACUUUGCCAUAUCUUCUUGUCUUCUUCUGAACCCUCCAAACUGUUCCAACCUCUGCCUGCUACCCAGUUGCAAAGUCGCUUCCCUUCUACAUUUCCAGGUAUCCUUAUAGCAGUGCCUCACUUCCUCAAUACCAAUUUACUGUAUUAGUCUAUUUUCACACUGCUAUGAAGAAAUAUUCGAGACUGGAUAAUUUAAAAAGAAAGGAGGUUUAAUUGAAUCAUAGUUCCACAUGGCUGGGGAGGCCUCAGGAAGCUUACAAUCAUGGCAGAAGGUGCAUUCUUCACAGACCGGCAGGAGAGAAAAUGAGUGCCAGGAGAGGAAAUGCCGGAUUGUUAUAAACCUAUCAGAUCUCAUGAGAACUCACUUACUGUCAGGAGAACAGCAUGGGGGAAACCGCCCCCAUGGGUCCCUUGCAUUACAUGUGGGGAUUAUGGGAUUAUAAUUCAAGAUGAGAUUUAGGUGGGGACACAAAGCCAAACUAUAUCAUGCUACUUACGAGUGGAGGUUAUAGCAUAAGGCUUCUUUGUACAUCUUUAAGAAAAUAAGCCACCUGUCUUCUGUCAUCUGUCUUCUAUUUUGAUCUGACUGAAAGACAUUGCUAAGCUAGUUUGCAAGGCAGCUCCCACCUCUAAUUCUUCCCUCCUACUCCUUCACAGUUCAGGGAGGCUUCAUUUCCAAAACGAGUGUGGUCAUUGUACUUCUGGCCACCAGGUGGCAGGCCAGAUCCACUUAAUAACACUGUAGCCUUAAUCCUCACUGGCUGCAAUUAUUUUCCUUUUUAAUCAAUCUGUUAUUAAUAAUAGUGUCACCUUUUCGUAAACAAAACCACAGAAUUUUAACAAUAGAGAAAAAAUAAGAAGUAAGCUUGUUCAUUGUCAAUUUUUCUUUUUAAAUCUUCCCCCAAAGGAGGAAGAUGCAUUGCACAUUUUUGUUGACUCUGGUGUCUCUUUCAGCAUCUAGAUGAAAUAAUAACAUUUCUGUUUUAGACAAAUAGAUAUAUUUCUUCUGUUCCAAAAGGUAACAGUGGGCUGGGUGUGGUGGCUCACACCUGCAAUCCCAGAACUUUGGGAAGCCAAAGUGGGCAGAUUACUUGAGGCCAGGAGUUUGAAACCAGACAGGGCAACAUGGUGAAACCCUGUCUCUACUAAAAAUACAAAAAUUAGCUGGCUGUGGUGGAGCAUGCUUGCAGUCUCAGCUUCUCUGGAGGUUGGUGCAGGGGAAUUGCUUGAACCUGGCGGGUGGAGGUUGUAGUGAGCUGAGAUUGUACCACUGCACUCCAGCUUGGGUGACAGAGCAAGGCACUGUCUAAAGAAAAAGUGGAUAGAGGAGGGUGAGGCAGGAAAAGGAAAAGGAAGUCAGCAUUUCUGGAGCAUCUUUUCUCAAACAUUCCUUGUUUAUUUGGGAGAUUAAGUUUCUUCUGAGGAUUAAAAAAAGAUUAGAAGUUAGAUUGGUAUUGUCUUAGGGGGAAAACAGGCAAAUAGAAUGAUAAUAGAACUCUGUUGCCAUAGAAUAUACAUCUAAGUAAUACUGUUUAUAAUGUUCCAAUUUACUACAGGUUGUGCAUGCAAGCAGUCCUCUGUUUAUCUCCCCAUCCUCCAGUGUCACAUGUCAAUUGCCCUGUCACUAACUAAUCACAAACCACACUGGCCUUUUAUUAGUUUCUUGAAUGGCAUUAAAUUCUUUCUGUCUCAGUCAGGGCUGUGCACAUACCUGGUAUCUUCCACUGAACUGCUCCUCUCUUAGCUCUGUAUAGCCAGCUCCUUCUCAUUCCUUGUCGUAACUUAAUAGAGGCAGGAGGCAGAGAAAUCCUAGACAGACAGGGAUGCGUCCCUGGGGAAACCUUACCUUCAGGUCAAAAACAGCCUGAAACCCACAGACCAGAAUGAGGACUUCUGUUCCUGUUUGUUGGCUCUCUUCUUAUUGGUUCUUUCUGAAUAAUGCCUUUUAACCAAUUGAAUGUUGCUUUUUCCAAUACUACCUAUGGCCCACCCUGCCCCCAUCCUGUUCCUAUAAAGGCCUCUGUCAGUGGAGGGGAGACAGCCUGACUUUGGGGAGGAGACAGCUUGAGUUCAGGGAAACAUGAUCUGCUUUUCCGAUACCCUCUCCAGCUCCCCUCUCCACUGAGAACUGUUUUCAUCGCUCAAUAAAAUUCUCCACUCUUACCAUUCUUCAAUUGUCAAGUGUGACCUCAUUCUUCUUGGAUGCUGGACAAAAGCUUGGGACCCACUAAGUGCAGGUGGAGGCUGUCACACUGGCCCUUUGCCCUUGCAAGUGGAGGGCAACCACCCCACUGGCAGCUACAGGGUCAGUGGCCAACUGAGCUGCUAACACACAGCCGUUUAUCGACUGUGGAUGGUGGAACUAAAAGAGCUAAGUAGCACACUCACACCCCCUCUGGGGCUUUGGGAUCAUGGGCACCAGGCUGCCAUGUUCCCCUCAAGGCAACAUGACUGGUCUGGACAUGGGCUUUGCAUGGAGCUUGCUCCUGUGUUGGUGCUUGGAGUGGCUGGCCAGAUCCCAUACUCACUUGCUUAUGUGUUACCUCUCUCAAGGGGCGGAGCAUGGUGGGCCGAGGAAAUGGGGCACUCCUGCUGGGAGUCCGGCAAAAGGGCCAAGACAAAUCCUGCAUGAAUAUUACAAUCUCUGAUCAUCCAGUUAAAGUUUCUAGGGCCCCUCUGCUGUUGCUAUCAAUCUCAAACACUUUUUUGUUUCAUUUACAGCACAUAUUGGAACUUGUAUUAUUUUGAAUUUGCUUUUUAACUUAAAUUUUAUAAUUUCUUUCAUUAGAAUAUAGUUUCCAUGAGGCCAGAGAACAUGUCUGUUUUUCUUUUUUCUAUUUUUUUUUUUUUUUUUGAGAUGGAGUUUUGCUCUUUGUUGCCUAGGCUGGAGUGCAAUGGUGUGAUCUCAGCUCACCGCAACCUCUGCCUCCUGGGUUCAAGUGAUUCUCCUGCCUCAGCUUCCUGAGUAGCUAAGAUUACAGCCAUGCGCCACCACACCCAGCUAAUUUCGUAUUUUUAGUAGAGACGGGGUUUCUCCAUGUUGGUCAGGCUGGUCUUGAACUCCUGACCUCAGGUGAUCUGCCUGCCUUGGCCUCCCAAAGUGCUGGGAUUAUAAGUGUGAGCCAUUGCAUCUGGCCCUUUUUCAUUCACUGAAUAAUUUCACUACUUUACAAAUAUGUGUCAGGCACUAGGCUAGCAGACACACACAUAAUAUUUGUUAAAUAACCAUACCUUUCUAGAAGGAAUUUCCCCUUUAAAGUUUUUCUAUAUACAAAUUGAGAAACAGGUAGAAAGAAUCCACAUUCUUAGAACUUAUUCUUAGCAGAUAAUUUAGUUUGAAUCUCAAUGAAAAUGAAAUUUAAUAAAUAUGACUAUUAAGAAAGAGACAAUCAGAGUCAUAUUUUCAAAAAGUACAUUCACUGACCUAAUGAGUUAUUAUAUGUGGAGAACAUAUCACAGAACCAGAAACAUCCUGUCCAAAACAGCCUAGCAUAUUUAGUUCAACAAACAAAAUGAUGUGUUGAAAUUUAGUUGGUGAGAUAAGACAAAGCCAGCCCAUUUGGGUCUAAAUUUACGAGAUUUUUUUAUCCAGAACAUGAUUAUAAUGAUUAUUUCACUUAUAGUUGUGUGAAUCUGACCUAACCAAGGAUAACAAUGGGUAGGUCGAAGAUCAUAUUUAUGACAUCUUGGCCCUGGAUUUUUCCAGUUCGUUCAGACUUCAAAACCUUUGAAGGGAAUCUUAGGUUCUUACCUUAUUGUUAUUAAGAUGUUCAAAAAGCUCAAGAAUUCUAAAAAGCCAGAAUGAGGGGAUAACUUUCACCAAAGACUUUUUCUUUAUCUUUUGUUGUACGUGGUCACUUAACUGUUUUAGCUUAAUUUAACAAAAAAGAUGAGAAAAUAUUUUUACAGUAUCAUGAGAUGAGGCUUCUAAUGGGCCGGUGGCCAAGGAUGGGGAAAAGAAUCAAGGACAGAUUAAAUCUCCAAAGUAAGAGAAUCUAUUAUAUAGCAAACGAACUUGUAUAAUUAAUCUCUAGGAGCAUGGGUUCUAAUAAGCCCAGGUACCACAAAGGUGGAGAAUUGCUUCUUCUGUCCAGGCAAAAGUCGUGACUAAAAGUGUGACUUGCUCUCUGGGGAUGAUACCAAUUUGGCACCAGCAUUUCAUUCCUUCCUUCUUUCCUUCCUUCCUUUCCUUCCUUCCUUCCUUCUUUCCUUUUUCUUCCUUCCUUCCUUCCCUCCUUCUCUCCCCUUUCUUUCUCUUUCUUUCUUUUUUCUUUUUCUUUCUUUCUUUUUCUUUCUUCUUUCUCUCUCUCUUUCUUUCUUUUUCUUUCUUCUUUCUCUCUCUCUUUCUUUCUUCUUUUCUCUCUCUCUCUGUCUUUUGUUUGUUGAUUCAUUUUUGAGACAGAGUCUCACUCUGUUGCCCAGGCUGGAGUGCAGUGGCACGAUCUCAGUUCACUGUAACCUCCACUUCCCGGGUUCAGGCGAUUCUCCUGCCUCAGCCUCCUAAGUAGCUGGGAUUACAGGUGCCUGCCAUCAUGCCCAGCUAAUUUUUGUAUUUUUAGUAGAGAUGGGGUUUCACCAUGUUGGCCAGGCUGGACUUGAACUCCUGACCUGAGGUGAUCCGCCCACCUCAGCCUUCCAAAGUGUUGGGGUUACAGACGUGAGCCACAUUUUCUCUUUCUUAAAACAUUUUGCCCAUUGCUAAAUUUUAUUGCUUGGUUUCACCAUAGUAAUCUGCUCUAGAAAAAAAUUACCACAGGUGGGAUUGUCAAGGUGUUCCGGGAUAAUCAUUUUUACUUUCUUUCUUUUUUUUUUUUUGGAGACAGGUUCUUACUUUGUCACCCAGGCUGGAGUGCAGUGGUGUGAUCUCAGCUCAAUGCAGCAUCAACCUCCCAGGCUCAAGCUACCUUCUUACCUCAGCCCCCCAAGUCGCUGGGACCACAGCUUCAACUCACUCCCCAAUCAAGGUGAGUGUGUAUCUACCAUGAGUGAGUAAACUACCACGUGCCCAUCACCCAGCUUCAACAAGCAUCGACUCACUCUCCAAUCAAGGUGAAAUAUCAGACAUCAUGUGAUUUUAUCGGCUGGAGUGCAAUGGUGUGAUCUCAGCUCAUCAAGUUCAAGAGACUCUAAUGCCUCAGCCUCCCAAGUAGCAGGGGUUACAGAUUCUUUAAUCUCCAGCUCAGCUCCAACAAUUCAACGCUGUUCUUUCUGAAAAAGUACACAUCGUGCCUUCUCUACUUCGCUCUUGGAACAUAAUUUCUCAUGGCAGUGUUUAAGACCACUCUGUGGAGGUUAAUUUCUGGGACCUUAGGGAUAAUAUGCCUUUCGUUGAUGGCUACGUUGGGAAUUUUGUUGAAAAAUUCUUUUACUAAACUGAGUAUUGAGCCAGCAUUUACUCCAGGACCCAACACAGAACUCCAGAAAGACUCUGACUGCUGUUCUUGCCAAGAAAAAUGGGUUGGGUACCGGUGCAACUGUUACUUCAUUUCCAGUGAACAGAAAACUUGGAACGAAAGUAGGCAUCUCUGUGCUUCUCGGAAAUCCAGCCUGCUUCAGCUUCAAAACACAGAUGAACUGGAUUUUAUGAGCUCCAGUCAACAAUUUUACUGGAUUGGACUCUCUUACAGUGAGGAGCACACCGCCUGGUUGUGGGAGAAUGGCUCUGCACUCUCCCAGUAUCUAUUUCCAUCAUUUGAAACUUUUAAUCCAAAGAACUGCAUAGCGUAUAAUCCAAAUGGAAAUGCUUUAGAUGAAUCCUGUGAAGAUAAAAAUCGUUAUAUCUACAAGGUCUCGCUAUGUUGCCCAGGCUGGUCUUGAACUCCUGGCCUCAAGGGAUUCUCCCACCUUGGAUUCCCAAAGUGCUGGGAUUAUAGGUGUGAACCACCAUCCCUGGCCCUCUUCACAUUCUUGUAUGAAGAUUGAUUUAGGAAAAAUGCAUUUCAGGUAACUGACAAAAGAUAUAGGAUGAAAAAUAAUAUCUUUCAAAUGUUUAAUUUGAACUAAGAGAGCUUAUGCAUUGCACUUUCUGGAGAUUUGUAAUGUUUUGGUUUUGUUGUCCAUGUGAUUACAAAAUAAUAUAUUUUUUAAUUAAAAAAUUUAAAAUAAUACAGGCAAGCAUGUAAUGAUUAUCAAUAUUUUUUUGCACCAACUAUCCUAUAUCCCUGACCUCCUUUCAUUAGGCAUUAUCUUCUGUUUUGAUUUUAACACUGAGUGGUUUUCUCUGUUAUGAAUCAAAGCUGAUCUAUUUUCAUCAUUUUUGUGAUGAAAAAAUUAAUUUUGAUUGACUUAGGAUGGAAGGAUUUGGACUGGGUGCGGUGGUUUAUGCCUGUAAUCCCAGCACUUUGGGAGGCCAAGGCGGGUGGAUCACUUGAGGUCAGGAGUUUGAGACCAGCCUGGCCAACAUGGUGAAACCCUGUCUCUACUAAAAAUACUGGCUGGGUGUGGUAGUGCACACCUGUAAUCCCAGCUAUUUGGGAGGCUGAGUCGAGAGGAUCGCUUGAACCUAGGAGGCGGAGGUUGCAGUGAGUCGAGAUUGCACCACUGCACUCCAGCCUGGGUGACAGAGCCAGACUCCUCUCCAAAAAAAAAAAAAAAAAAAAAAGAUGAAAGGAUUUGGAACCUUAAUUGCAUCUGAAAAACUGCCUUACCUUUGUUAUUUAGUGUACUCUAACCACGGAGUAACAUCCCAUCAUAAUCCCAAAUCCUACUCAAACAAAAGGGGAAGGGAUUAUGCAGGUGUACACUAGGCCACUGGUGUACCAAUUAGAAACCACUUUAGAGUUAUGCCUACUGUACCCACAUAAUCCUAAAAAUAUGUUACAACUGCUACUUCAUAGUUUAUGCCACUUAUUUUAUUUUUUACUUUUAUUAUUUUUUUUUCUGAGACACGGUUUCAUUCCCAUUGCCCAGGCUGUAGUGCAAUGAUGCAAUCAUGGUUCACUGCAGCUUCAACUUCCCAGGCUCAAGGGAUCCUCCCACCUCAGCCUUCUGAGUACUUGGGACUCAGGUGCGAGCCAUCAUGCUCAGCUAAUUUUUUGUAUCAUUUGUAGAAAUGGGGUUUUGUAUUGUUGCCCAGGCUGAUCUUGAACUCCUGGGGUCAAGGAUUCUGCCCGCCUUGGCCUCCUAAAGGGCUGGAAUUACAGGCAUAAGCCACUGUGCCCGGCCAGUUUAUAUAAUUUAAACACUGCCUUUUGGUUUCUUAAUUCGCAUAUGCUAGGACAAGUAAUUAUUAUUUUAUUUUAUUUUACUUUAAGUUCUGGGUUACAUGUGCAGAACCUGCAGGUUUGUUACAUAGGUAUACAUGUUCCAAGGUGGUUUGCUGCACCUAUCGACCCAUCAUCUAGGUUUUAAGUCCCACAUGCAUUAGGUAUUUGUCCUAAUGCUUUUCCUCCCCUUGCCCCCCACCCCCCGACAGGCCUUGGUCUGUGAUGUUCACCUCCCUGUGUCCAUGUGUUCUCAUUGUUCAACUCCCACUUAUUAGUAAGAACAUGCGGUGUUUGGUUUUCUGUUCCUGUGUUAGUUUGCUGAGAAUGAUGGUUUCCAGCUUCAUCCAUGUCCCUGCAAAGGACAUGAACUCAUUCUUUUUUAUGGCUGCAUAGUAUUCCAUGGUGUAUAUGUGCCAUAUUUUCUUUAUCCAGUCUAUCACUGAUGGGCAUUUGGGUUGGUUCCAAGUCUUUGCUAUGGUAAAUAGUGCUGCAAUAAACAUACGUGUGCAUGUGAGGACAAGUAAUUAUUUUCUGUUUUUCUCAAUACAUUAAUUAUUGGUUCCUCCGUUAGUUGUGAAGUCCUAAUUAGGGAAAAGGAGUUAGGCUGGCGGGAGCAGGGAAAAGCAGAAAGAGAAAGCAGAUAAGCUAUGAGUCUGCCUUUCUUCAUGGUCCAGGAUAUGGGCCAUGUGCUAAACUAUUACCAGACACCUGCAAGUUAGCUCACUGCAACCUUGGCAUUAUCAGUACUGGACAAAGCCCUCUGCAGCAUACAGCAUAAACACUAUUCCAUAAAAUCCUAAGCAAGCCUUUGUUUCUUUGCAGUCAGCUUUUCUUCUGCUGAUGCUGCCUGUUGCCUCCCUGGAAACAUAUUUUCCUACUUUUCUUUAAUAAAUCUGCCUUCCUUUACCUACAGCUGUCUUGGUAAAUUCUUUUACCUCAAUGCCACCGGCCCAGAUAGCCGUUGCUCACCCACAACAUUAGUGUAUUAGUCCGUUCUUAUGCUGCUACUAAAGAUAUACCCAAGACUGGGAAAUUUAUAAAAUAAAGACAUUUAAUUGACUCACAGUUCUGCAGGGUUGGAGAAGCCUCAGGAAACUUACAGUAAUGACAGAAGGGAAAGCAAACACAUCCCUCUACGCAUGGCAGCAGAAAGGAGACGUGCUGAGCAAAAGGAAAAAUACCCUCUUAUUAAAUCAUCAGAUCUAGUGAGAACUCACUCACUAUCAUGAGAACAGCAAAGAGGUAACUACCCCCAUGAUUAAAUUACCUCCUACCAGUUCCCUCACAUGAUACGUGAGGAUUAGGGGCACUACAAUUCAAGAUGAGAUUUGGGUGGGGACACAGCCAAGCCAUAUCAGUUAGUGACAUCUGUAUUCUCAUAUUGCAUGCAUAAGAAAGUGAGUUAUUUUACAGCUGAACUGGGACAGCUCUUUGCUUAUUUCCAGAGAUGCCUAGGUGUCUGUUUUUGACUCUUGGCCAUGAUAUGGGUAGUAGGCUAAGUAACUAGCUAACAAAUGGUUUAUGGUGAGUUCUUUAAAGUUCAAAAUCCCUCAGUGGAAUCCAGGGUCAAUUUGUUUAUUGAUAGCUUCCAUAUGAGAUAAUUACAGAUCUUGUCUCUGCUGUGUGACCAGACACAGAUAAAAGACUGCAAGAAAUUUCAGUUUCAGCUCUCAUGAAACCAAGUUUCAUCUCACAAAUAUCAGGUUUCAUCCAGAGAUGAAUGGUGUCUUUGCGCAAAUAUCUCUUGGUCCCACACUGCUUGUUUGAAUUCUCUUUCUCAUACGGUAUCAUAUUCCUUUCACUUAUUAAAAAGUUUUUCAUGGCUGGGCGCGGUGGCUCAAGCCUGUAAUCCCAGCACUUUGGGAGGCUGAGGCGGGUGGAUCACGAGGUCAGGAGAUUGAGACCAUCCUGGCUAACACGGUGAAACCCCGUCUGUACUACAAGUACAAAAAAAUUAGCCAGGCGUGGUGACAGGCACCUGUAGUCCCAGCUACUUGGGAGGCUGAGGCAGGAGAAUGGCGAGAACCCGGGAGACGGAGUUUACAGUGAGCUGAGAUCGCGCCACGGCACUCCAGCCUGGGUGACAGAGGAGACUCCGUCUCCAAAAAAAAAAAAAAAAAAAAAAGCUUUUCAUAAGUAUGCUCAUUAGAACCUUAUAAUUCAUUUCAGUUAUCUACACCUGGAAAUGUUAGUUCUAUAAUUUUGGACUUUCUGAAACUUUUCUCUUUAUAUCCUAACGCAGGGGUUGAAAAACUUUUCUCAAAAAACUCUAUAGCCUAUAUUUUCAACUUUGUGGACCAGUCUCUGUUGAAACUUCUCAACCUUGCCAUGGUGGUGCUAAAGAAGACAUAAAUAAUACAAAAAUGAAUGGUUUGACUGUGUUACAAAAGAAUUUUAUUGACAAAACAUAUGGUGAGACAGAUUUGGUCCACAGGCCAUAGUUUGCCAACAUGUGCCCAAGUAUGUAAGAUGAGAAUAUAAGGCCAUAAAUUCUACUCUCUGCUUUAUUCUUUUCCAGGUCACUUCUUACCAGUUGUAAAUGUAGUUACAAAUUUUGCUAUAUGAAAACAGUUAUGUCUGUUACUAUCAAUCUGUGUUCAUUUUAAAGGGUGACAAUCUACAAAUUAUGUGUUAUAGGCAAGUUGCAAGAUGUCCACCAAUGAUUCCCACCUUGUGCUAUACAUGCCUUUGUGGAAUUUCUUUCCACAUUGUAUCAAGGUUGCUCUGUGUGACCAAUGAAAUAAAGUGGAAAUGAUGAUAUUUCAUUUCUGAGAAUAGGUCAUCAAAGAUAGUAUGACUUCCUUUUUCCUGUCUCCCAGAUUACUUGAUCUGGGGAAAACCAGUUACAAUGUCAUGAGCAGCCCUGUUGAAAGGACCAUGUGGCAAGGAACUGAAGACUCUUACACACAGCCAACAAGGAACUGAAGUCUAUUUCCAAUAGCCAUGCUAUGAGCCUUCUUUGCUUGUAUAGGCUCCAGUCUUAGUCAAGCCUUCAGAUGAUUACAGCCCCCAGCCAACACCUUGACGGCAACCUCAUGAGAGACCCUGAGCUAGGUCCAUCCUGCUAUGCUGUUCGAGGAUUCCUCACUCUCAGAAGCUGUGUGAAAUAGUAAAGUGUUUAUUCUUUUUUUUUUUUUUUUUUUUGAGACAGAGUCUCACUCUGUCACCUGGGCUGGAGUGCAGUGGGGCCAUGUCGGCUCACUGCAACUUCCACCUCCUGGAUUCAAGCAAUUCUCCUGCCUCAGCCUCCUGAGCAGCUGGGAUUACAGGUGUGCACCACCACUCCUGGCUAAUUUUUUUGUAUUUUUAGUAGAGACGGGGUUUCACCAUGUUGGUCAGGCUGGUCUUGAACUCCUGACCUCAGGUGAUCUGCCUACCUCACCCUCCCAAAGUGCUGGGAUUACAGGCGUGAGCCACUGCGCCCAGCCAUAACUUUUAUUCUUUUAAGUCACUAAAUAUUAACGUGUCACAUAGCAAUAAUCAAUACAUAUUUUGGUACCAAGAAUGAAGUUACUGUUAUAAAGAAAAAAAAAACCACUAAAAUUUUGGAGUGCUUGAAAACAGGCAGUGGAUGGAGGCCAAAAGGACAGGAAAGACUGAAACCUUCUAGUAUGGGCUUAUAGUAGGGAAGUGAAAACAUAUUAGAAACUGGAGAAAGUAAAAAUCUUUCUAUUUAGUACCAGAAAGUUUAGCAACACUUUUGUCUGUAGCAUUGUGGAAGGUAGAAAAUGUACUUAAUGAUUUAAGAGAAUGCUCUAAAGUUAUUUCCAACUAGAGUGUUGAAUAUGCUGUCUGAUUUCUUCCUGCUACUUAUAUUACAAUGCUAUAGAACACACAUAAGCUAAUGGACGGGCUGUUGAGCAAAAGAAGACAGAACUUGAUAGUUUUGAGAUUCCUGGACUCUCAAAUGUUAGCAUGUCAAAAAUGCUAAAAUUGAGAAAUAGAUUCUGAGCAAAGAUCCAAUCUAGAGUGCUCUCAGGAAAGCAUGAUUCUAAACAAGAAGGUGUGCGUGUGACUAAAAUUUCCUGUAAAUAUCAUAGAAAGAACACAAGUAGUGCCUCAAUUCAGUCAGACGAAGAUCUAUAAAGGUCAAAUAAUAGGGCUUCUAGGAAGCCCUAGGGCAUUGUCCCUCAGGUAUCUCAGCAGAAGCUCCAGGUAGAGAGAAGAUUGAAGAGAUUUAUGUGUGCGGUUUUUACAAAUAGAGUUCAUAGAAAACCUGAAAACAUUUUUGAGAUGACUAUGUCAGUAGAAAAAUGACAAUGAAGUGCUACCUUUUAUUCAAAAGUAAGAAUAAUUCAAAGGACAGAACUAAGAGCCUGUAAGGUGGAUCCAAGAGUUAUGAAGAGUGAUUUUAUAAGCAGAAAUAGGACUGAGUCCUAAUCAAAUGAGUCCCGACAUUUGCUAUGCUAGAUUUUAAAUUAUUAUGCAUCAGUGACUCCUUUGUAAUUCUCAUGCCCCUCCCUCUUUUGAACAAGGAUGUCUAUAGUUUGUUCUUUCGAAUGUGGAGUGUAUAAGGGAAGGAAAUCUCUAGUAUUGUUAAUUUCACAAGCCUUCAGAUGGAGAAAAAUGAUACUCAAGAAGCUAAACUUAAGGAACUUCACCUGAUGAGUCUCACUCAUACCUGGAUGUGACAAAUUUCGGACUUUGAACUGACAUUGUAACGGAAUGAGAUUUGGCAGUUGGUGUGGAUUUUGUAUGUGGGAGGGACAUAAAUCAUUUGGGGCCAAAGAUUAGACUCUUGUAAACAGCUUCCUAUAUGCUCCCAAUGAUCCCUGUUUCUUGGAAUUUAACCCUUUUGAUAUAAUCAAUUACAUUGUAUAAGGGUUGAUCAGUGUGACCAAGAGAAUAAGGCAGAAGUUAUCGCAUAUCACUUUUGAGGCUAGAUUAUAAAAGACAGUAUGUCUUUGGCGUUGCCCUUUCUCAUAUCAUCUGAUUUGGUGGAAGCCAGCUACCUUGUCGUGAGCGACUCUUUUAAGCGUUCCAUGUGGCAAAGAACUGAGGCCUCCUAUAAACAGCUAGCAAGGAACUGCAGCCAUCUUGUAGACAGCCUUGUGCACGAGCCUCCUUGGUUCAACUCUUCAGCCAGUGUCAAGCCUUAGAAAAUACAACCCAACCUACAUUUUUACUGCAACCUCAUGAGGGAUCCUGAGCUAGAACCACCUAGCACAGUUGCUCUUGAUUUCUGACCUCAGAAACUGUGAAGUGAAAUAUUUUGUUGUUUUAAGCUUACGAGUUUGAGGAUAAUUUGUUCUUUAUAGUAGUUAGCUGAUACAAUAUGUUUCACCAACAUGACCUCAUGAAUAGAGAACAUUUAUUUAUUUAUUGAGAUUGAGUCUCACUCUGUCACCCAGGCUGGAGUGCAGUGGCACAGUCUUGGCUCACUGCAACCUCUGCCUCGCUGGUUCAAGCGAUUCUCAUGCCUCAGCCUCCCCAGUAGCUGGGAUUACAGGCACCCACCACCAUGCCUGGCUAAUUUUUGUAUUUUCAGUAGACAUGAGGUUUUGCCAUGUUGGCCAGGCUGGUCUCCAACUCCUGGCCUCAAGUGAUCCACCUGCCUCGGCCUCCUGAAGUGCUGGGAUUACAGGCAUGAGCCAUUGUGUCUGGCCAAAUAGAGGACAUUUUAGAGCCCAAUAGUAAGCUAGGAUUAUAUUUCCUUCUUUGAGGUUCUAUUGUUAUAACCCUUAUACAAUAAAAAACAACUCUUCUGCCAGAUUAAAGUUUUUUGUUUUUUGUUUUUUUUUAGUUCUCAAUUGUGUUAUAUAACCCAUGAGUGUCUCUUUAUUCUCACUGGAAAUAUCCUUCCAAGAGCUCUUACCCACCUGCUGUUGUUUGGACUGGCACCUUACUAGACCUGCUCCACAAACUGCCGUCAUGAAAUUUUUCUUCACUAAUUUUCACAUUUACACUAACUACUUCAUUGAUUACAGUUUACCUCUUCAUAUAUUUUUAAUUGAGCAAAAACACAAUAAAGAAUACCUAUCUUAAAUUUACACGUAAACAUUUAAGCUAUGUCUACACUUACACGAUUACUACCAGAUUGCAAUAGAGACUACCUACCACCACCAAGACUCUCUUGCUGUUUGCUAAUUGAUACUGUCUCCCCUGUUCCAAGAAAACUGCUACUCUGAUUUCUGAAAAUAUAGGUUUAUUUAGCCUGUUCUUUAAUUUCAUAUAAAUGGAAGCUUAGCAUGUAUGAUCUUUGUGGCUUCUGUUGCUGAGCAUUACGUCUGUGAGAUACAUCCAUAUAUUCGUGCAGCAGUAGCUCCUCACUUUUAUUGUCAUGUAGAAUUCAUAAGACUGUAUCACAAUUUGCUUAUUUAUUCUAAUAUUGUUCAACAUUUGAGUCAUUUCCACUUUUCACUAUUAUGAGUAAAAUUGCUAUAAACAUUUUAAUAUAGCUCUUGUGGGACAUGUGGCUUCAUAUCUUUUGAGUGUACGCCUAGGAGUUGAAUUUCUAAGUCAUAAGCUGUCAUAUAUUUAGGCCCUUUAGUUCAUGCUUUAAAAACUAGUGAUAAUUUAUUUAUAAAGCUUAUUUAUAAUUUCACUGGCAGUUUAUGUGAGUGUUACUCUGUAUUCUUGACAAUACAUAGUAUUAUGAAUUAUUUUAGUCUAAGGACCUUCUGGAUACUAUGCAUUUGCAUACAAUUGUACAUUUAAUUUCCAUCUUCCAAAUGAAUAAUGACGCUUACCCCUCAUCUUUUUUUUUCAUUUUUAUAUCCCCUUCUAUGUAGUGCUUGUUUAAGCUUUUAGCCAUUAUUUAUUUUUAACAGCAAUGUUGCAGUAUAAUUGAGAUACUUUAAGCAUACUUUAUAUGCUUAAAGUAUGACAUUUGAUGUAUUUCCAUAUCUAUGCAUCUGUGAAACCAUCACCUCAGCAAUAUAUAAAACACCUACUAACCUCAAAAGUAUCCUUUCCCCUAUGUAUAAAAUACUUCCUCUUGCUCCUCCCCUCACAGAUGAGUAUUGUACUGUAUUCUGUUACAAUAGAUUUGCCUUUCUAUGUUUUAUAUAGAUAGAAUCAUAUAAUAUGUACAUCUGUGUUCUAGAUUUUUCAUUCAGCAUCAUAAUAGUUUUUAUACUCAUCUAUGUUGAUACAUGUAUCAAUAGUUAAUUCCCUUUUAUUUCUUAUUUCUUUCCUUUUUUUUUUUUUUUUUUUUGAGACUGAGUAUUGCUCUAUCACCCAGAUUAGAGUGCAGUGGUGUGAUCUCAGCUCACUGCAACCUUCACCACCUGGGUUCAAGUUAUUCUCAUGCCUCAGCCUCCCCAGUAGCCGAGAUUACAGAUGCCCACCACCACGCCCAGCUAAUUUUUGUAUCUUUAGUAGAGACGGGGUUUCACCAUGUUGACCAGUCUUGUCUCGAACUCCUGACCUCAACUGCUCCACCUGCCUUGACCUCCCAAAGUGCUGGAAUUACAGGCGUGAGCCACCACGUCCAGCCGAUUCCUUUUUACUUCUGAGAGUCUUCUGAUCCUUGAAUAAAGUAUGUUUCUUGUACCUCAA